AUGAUGGGGAGCGAAUCUGAAGACGAAUAUCUUGAAGCAUCCGCAAAUCAACGCAAACGCAGAAGGUUUAAACGGGAAGGAUCAGAAGCAGACAUUUUGCAACCGGCGAAUCUACGACUCUCACUUUUACUAGAUGCGAUCGACCCAAAUCCUCACAAACUUGAAGCUUCUGAAGACCCCCACGACACCUUUGAUCAGUUUAUAGAGGACAUACUUCCGGAGCUGUUAUUGGCGAAAACAUCGGCAGAAGUCAGACUGACCGAGCAAAAUGAAUAUGGCCAGAGUCUCAAGCCCUUGUCCCGUAAGGAUGCACGCAAUAUAGUUGAUAGGCUUACGCAGAACAAUACCGGCCUUUCCGUUUCGUUUGCAUCCUCCCUCGUUACUCGGAGGUUAAAAAUGCAACCCGGACUUCUUCGUCGACUUCUAUUGGAUAAAGAUAUUACGAACGCCGACAGAGCAUAUGUCACUCCCUUACCAGCGGUGAAUAUCGUGUCCACUGCGAACAAGGAAGUGAUCGACGCCCUAUAUGCUAUUAGGACUACCCCAUACGAAUGCUCAUUUCUCUCUCGGUUGCAAGGAUUUCAGCCUUCCCACACUCUUGCUGCAAUCGCUGUGGACUGGGAGACACGGAGCCCGUGGAUCGAUCUGAUGUCUGAUAUUCGAGAACACUUCUUCCUACUCCAUCCCGAGAGAGAGCAACCAAUUGAGAUAGAGGCCCCGAUUGAAUACGUGGCCCUGCAUCCCUCUCAUCUUCCUCAAGUACACGACCUCCUCGCCCGAACGUUCUGGGAUGGCAUCGACGUGAGUGAUGCGCUUGAUUAUUCUCCUGAGAGAUCUACCGUUGUCGCCAUGUACAAGAGAUUGGUCGUCGGCGUUGUGUUCGUCAGUUCGCCGCAACAACUUUAUAUCACAUAUCUGGCCGUCCGAACUGGUUGGGAGAAUGCUCAUAUCGCUACAUCGAUGCUCUAUCAUCUCAUUGCACUAAAUCCUAACAGAGAUAUCACACUACAUGUAUCUACCAACAAUCCAGCUAUGGUCAGUGGCUGA